UGUGACCUAACCUCAACCCAAAAUUUGAAUGAGUGGUGGCCAGAAAUGGCCAAGAAAAAACAAAUUAAUUUAGAAGACAGAGAAUCCUCUGAAGAAAGUGGCGAGGCAAGUGGAGCAGAGGGUGAUGUCUCUGAUUCUGAUACGAAUGAAAAUGAAGACAAUGGUUUAACAAACAGUGGUUGGGCGGAUUCGAUAUCAAAAAUAUUGAAAACAAAUAAACCGAAAGGAAAAAAGACCAUAGUUCUAUCAAAAGCUAAGAAAUUAACUGAUUUGAGAAAGGAAAAAUCUAAACCGGCAGGUUUUGAAGUACAAACGGUUAGUGGAGAAGUAAAAGAAGAGAAAGUUGACAUUACAGAAAAUGUUCUUACAGAAGAACCACCUCAAAAAAAGAGACGGACGUUAUCUGAUUUACGUGUUAAACCGAACAUAUUAGAAAAAGACAGAGAAAGAACGUUACAAAAAAUAGCUACAAAGGGAGUUGUUCAGUUGUUUAAUGCAGUAAAAUCACAGCAGAAGCAGAUUAGUGAAAAGUUAAAAGAAGCUGGUCCUUUAGAAGUUAGAAAAGAAAAGGUUCUGAAAAAUAUAGAUAAGAGGGCAUUUUUGGAUGUGCUUAUGGGGGAAAAAUCACAGAAAAUUGAUGACGUUAGUAUCAAAAAAGUAGAACCAUCCUAUACUGAAAGCCAAAAGAAAAAUGAGUCGGUGUGGAGUGUUUUAAAGGACGAUUUUAUGAUGAGUGCAAAAAUGAAAGAUUGGGAUAAAGUGUUAGAAGAGUCAGAUAAUACGCAGAUCGUUACACCAGAUUAAUUAUUGAUAUAUCAAUUUUUUUAAUAAAGUUAUAUUUUACUUUGCUUCA